AUGAGCAACUGUCAAGACACUACCGAGAAUCACGAUACACAGUCAUUGCAAAGACCAAAUCAACAUCACGAUACUUUGAAUGGCUCGAUCCUAGAAUCUCACAAUGGACGGAUUGAUCAAAUAUCGUCCUCAUUUGAUCUUCAAGACGAGGCGAUAUCCACCACUUCCUCAGCAGACGGGAACAUUCCAUCGAUUCUUGCUGAUUUAAAUAGGGCACAGGAUUUAGCCGAUUCGAUCGAUUCACGGCUCGAUAGUAUAUUAAGCCAACUUGGGGAUAUCACGGCUGAGCUAGAGCAAAAUUUAUCCGGUCACAAUAACACAAAAACAUCUGAAGGUAGUCAAGACAUAUCAAAACCCACUUGA